CCAAGCAGAAAGAAGAAGAGUUUGUAUUUGCUGAUAUAUUUGAGCGGCCUAUUCCAUCUCUAUUGCGGAGUUAUAGUGCUCCUAUCCGCCUAGAAUCUACCCUCUCUGACAGUGAUCUGUUUUUCCUCCUAGCACAUGAUUCAGAUGAGUUUAAUCGUUGGGAGGCUGGACAAAUAUUAGCAAGGAAGUUGAUGCUGAGCCUGGUUGCAGACUUCCAGCAAAACAAAACAUUGGCUCUAAAUGCCAAUUUUGUGCAUGGUCUCAAAUCCAUACUUACUGAUGCAAGCUUGGAUAAAGAAUUCAUUGCAAUGGCAAUAACAUUGCCUGGUGAAGGGGAGAUAAUGGACUUGAUGGAAGUUGCAGAUCCAGAUGCUGUUCAUUCUGUUCGAAAAUUUAUUAGGAAGGAGCUUGCCUCUCAACUGAAAGCGGAGUUUCUAAACACUGUUCAAGCCAACAGGAGCUCAGAAGAGUAUGUUUUUAACCAUCCUAACAUGGCAAGGCGUGCUCUCAAGAAUGUCGCUCUAGGAUAUCUUGCAUCACUUGAAGAUCCAGAAUUAACAAAGCUUGUGCUGCAUGAGUAUAAUACAGCCACCAAUAUGACAGAACAAUUUGCAGCUUUGGUGGCCAUUGCCCAGAGUCCUGGAAAAAUUCGUGAUGAUGUUUUGGCUGACUUCUACAACAAGUGGCAGCAUGACUUCUUGGUUGUGAACAAAUGGUUUGCCCUUCAAGCCACAUCUGACAUCCCUGGUAAUGUUGAGACUGUCCGGAACCUAGCACAACUGGAGAUGAUCGUGUCUGCCAAUGGAUUGUCCGAGAAUGUCUUUGAAAUUGCCUCAAAAAGCUUAGCGGUUUAAAAUCAUCCCCUGCACUGCAUGUUCUGCUUCCUGUUCACCGUGAUAUCUGCAUAAAGUACCUGCUGUACUUAUAAUAGCAACUGCAUGAAUAUUGUAAAAUUGGCUGCAGAGAGAUAUCUGGGUUCACUGUUCACUUUUGUGUGCUUUGCAACUAAUUUUAUUUGGAUUCUAUCUAUUUAUUUGCAUGAAUAAUCUUUCUUCUUUGAU